AUGGUUGAUAAUACGCCAAUAGUCUUGGAUAUAGGAAGUUAUAGUAUCAAAGCUGGUACAGCCGAAGAUGAAGCUCCCACAUGUGUUCUACGAACGAUAAUAGGGAACAAAGGUGACGAUAAAUAUUAUGGAGAGAGUGUUUUAAAUAACAAGGAGAGCUUAGAUGACUUCCAUUACCCUAUUACCCGUGGUAACAUAGCUGACUUUGAUGACAUCGAGAAUUUAUUAAGGUAUGCAUUUGAUGAGAAUAUGCAAGUAGAUGCUUCUGCAGCUCCAAUUAUAUUAACAGAAGAGGCCUUAUGCCCUAACCUUAGAAAACAGAACUACGCAGAGCUUUUAUUUGAGAAGUUUGAGACGCCGGGGUUACUCUUUGAGUUAACAGGCAACUGUGCAUUAGUCCCAUUAGACCUUUCCACAGGGAUGACUGUAGACUUUGGGGAGUCUUUUGUUUCGAUGUUCCCGUUCUACAACUCAACAUAUUUAUUCAAUGCAUCAGACAAACAGGCGUUUGGUGGGUUAGACACUUCCAACAACUUGGCGACGAUAUUAAAGAAGAGUGGCAUUGAACUUGACUUACAGAAAGAUAGAGAGUUACUUAACACUAUUAAAGCAGACUGUUCAGUACCAAGAAUAGAAGGAAAGGAAGACACCAUUAAGGAGUAUACCCUCCCCGAUGGGAGAACAGUCUCUAUCAACUGUUGUGACGUCAUUGAACCACUUUUAGUCCCCAUGUCAAUCGAUAAGAGAAAUGAAAUGCAAGGCGUCGCCAAGAUGAUCGUCGAUUGCAUCAACAAGUGUCCUCUCGACUGUAAAAGUGACUUAUUCAAGCAAAUCAAUUUGGUCGGUGGCGCUGCAAAGAUCAGUGGACUUUCUACUCGUAUCAAAAAUGACGUCGAGAAGAUCUUGAGAGACUCUAAUAACAGAGCUGAAGUCGCCGUCAAUGUCUAUGACAAUUCUGAUGUCCUCGCUUGGUAUGGGGCAGCGUGUUUAGGUGCACUUGGAUCAACCGUUGAGUUAUAUGCUACAAAGGACUUUUAUGAUGAAGAAGGGGCUCAAGCCGUCGCUAUGAAAUUUGCACGUGAAGGUUAA